AUCGGCAAACAACGCGAGCGUACGCAUUUCUUCUCUCUGGCUCUACAUUUAUUUUUCCCUCUGACAUCAUUCGGUGUGUCUCUAUGUGUGCUUGGGCCCUAGUUUAAAUUUCAGUUUAGUUUCGGUUUUUUUUUUUUUUUUGUUUGUUAAUUUUUGUUUUGUGUGGAGCCAUAUAGCCACGAGCUUGUUCGUCAUUAAACGCCCUGUUCUUGCGUCCUUGAUCGUAAUGCGUGGGAUCCGGCGCCGCUGCGCAGUCGCCCAGAAAGUGCCGAAAGUAGCGAAAGUUGCAAAAGAUCUGCCGAGGGAGCCAUUAUCGCCAGGACUCGAUACGACGGUUCAGCAGGAUCGCUGAGGGAUCGACUUCCAUACAAAAUUAAAAAAAAAAAUAAAACUGCCGCCAAGACAUUCACCUCGCUCUUCCUCUACCACCAAACAUGUAUUCGGCGGUCCGCACCCACGACUACGACUAUCCGGAAUCGGAAAUGGACGAGCGGGAGAGCCUGUACUUCGACACCAUAUCGCUGGCGGACUCGGAGGCGGCGGCUGCUGCAGCGGCGCACCGCAAGUCGAUAUCGCAGUCGCGGAACACCAUCUACCACUCGGCAGUUGACCUGGCCGGCGACGAGGGUCGGGGUAGUCUGCGCCUGCCCAGCGGAGCCACUGCCGCCGAGCAUGCGGCACUGGCCUGGCAGCCCGGUUACCGCCAGUCCACGGCAUUGGAGCAUCUCAAUGGCGGCAGUGGCGGUGGCGGUGGCGAUCACACGGAUGCCGCAAUCGCCGCCCAAAUGAUUGCUCUGCAGAAUGGGCGUGGCCAUCUGCCCACUGGCAUCGGGGUAACCGGGGAUGGAGGAGCUCCUGGCACUGGCGGUGCUGACGAUGAGGUCUCUAGACGUCUGUUAAGAAGUAGUAGCAACAUUUCUAAUAAAGAUAAGAAAUUGCCAAUAACAUACUCCCAGUGGAAAUCAAGGACAUACCGGCGCUUCGAUGAUGGCAAGCGGAGCGUGGACUUUGUGCUGGCCUACAAUGGUGAGGUUCAGCUGGAGGAGCACCGGCGCAAGUGCGAGAUCUUCGAGGCGAAUCUGCAGCGCGAGGGUCUGCAGUUGGAGCACAACAAGGUGCAGCGGGUGCACUUCAUCAAGAUCCAUGCGCCAGCCGAGGUGCUCUAUCGCUAUGCCGAAAUACUCAAGAUCAAGGUGCCGCUCAAGCCGAUUCCCGGCCAGGAUCAAAUCUUUGCCGAAUCGGCGCAUGAGUUUAAGACCUGCCUGAGCCGGAUGUGCCGCACCCUGUUCAGCUCGGUGCAGCUCAAUACGGCCCUCUUCCCGGAACGCGAACCGCGCAUCCAUCUCGAGUUCUCCCGCAACUACCUGGAGCUGUACGAUACGGAGCAUCCGAACUUCCUCGACGCCGGCACCCGCUACUCCAUCAUCAACUUCAUACUCCAGCGACAGCAUUUCGUCGAGGGCGAGGAAACGGCCGACAAUCUGGGCAUCGAGAAGCUCGUCCAGGAUGGCGUAUACACCUGCGCCUACACCCUGCACGAUAAGGACGAUCGCGAUCGCCUGCUCAAGGAGUGGGCCAACAUAUCCAAGUGGAAGAACCUGCAACCACUGGACCAAAUUAAAGACUACUUUGGUGCGAAGGUGGCACUAUACUUCGCUUGGCUGGGAUUCUACACCCAAAUGCUGAUCCCCAUCAGCAUUUUCGGCCUGCUCUGUUUCCUGUACGGCUUCAUAACGUGGGGCACCGAUCCGAUUAGCCGGGACAUAUGUAAUGACAAUGGGACGAUCAUGUGUCCGCAGUGCGAUCGCAGCUGCGACUACUGGCGGCUGAACGAGACCUGUACGUCCUCCAAGUUCAACUAUCUGAUAGACAACAACAUGACCGUGGUGUUCGCCCUGUCGAUGGCCAUUUGGGCGGUGGUGUAUCUGGAGUUCUGGAAGCGCUACUCGGCGGGUCUGGUGCACCGCUGGGGACUGACUGGCUUCACGCACCACGUGGAGCAUCCGCGUCCGCAGUACCUGGCCAAAAUAUCGCGCUCCAGACGGUUGACCGGAAAGGCUUACGAGCAGGAUCAAACUGGCAAGCGGACCACACUGGAUCCCGAUGUGCCCUUCUGGAGCAUCAAGUUCCUGCCCAACUUCACUAGUUAUAGCAUCAUGAUAUUGUUUAUUUGCAUAUCAGUCAUUGCCAUAGCUGGGAUAAUCAUCUACAGAAUGGCACAGCGAGCCUCGCACAGCAUUCUGGGCAGCGAGAAUUCGAUGACCUUCAAGGUGAUGAUCCUGCCCAUGACGGCGGGCAUCAUCGAUCUGAUUGUGAUCUCGCUGCUGGACAUGGUCUACUCCAGUUUGGCCGUGAAGCUCACCAACUACGAGUACUGUCGCACCCAGACGGAGUACGACGAGAGCCUGACCAUCAAAAACUAUGUGUUCCAGUUCGUCAACUACUACUCAUCGCUCUUCUACAUCGCCUUCCUCAAGGGCAAGUUCGUCGGCUAUCCGGCCAAAUACAAUCGCGUGCUGGGCUUCCGCCAGGAGGAGUGCAAUCCUGGCGGCUGCCUCAUGGAGCUCUGCAUGCAACUGGUGAUCAUCAUGGCCGGCAAGCAGGCGGUCAACGCCAUCGUGGAGAUGCUCAUACCCUACCUGAUGCGCACCAUCAAGGAGCUCAGCUACCGCCACGGCUGGUACAAGAGUCACCAGGACCAGCGACUGGUGCCCUACAACCAGUUCACCGAGGACUAUAACCUACUGCCCGCCGAGAACAAUUCGCUCUAUGUGGAGUACCUCGAAAUGGUUGUGCAAUUUGGCUUCAUCACCCUGUUUAGUUUGGCCUUUCCGCUGGCACCAUUGCUGGCCCUGCUGAACAAUGUGAUAGAGGUGCGCCUGGAUGCCAUCAAGAUGCUCCGUUUCCUGCGACGACCAGUGGGAAUGCGAGCCCGGGACAUUGGCGUUUGGCACAGCAUCAUGACCGUCGUCACCCGGAUAGCCGUGGCCUCGAGUGCAAUGAUAAUUGCAUUUAGCACGAACCUCAUACCGAAAAUCGUGUACGCCGCCUCAAUGGGGGAUCACGAGCUGAACAACUACCUGAACUUCACGCUGGCCGUGUUCAACACCGAGGACUUCCAGGUGCAACCGCUGCUGGGAGGCAGUCAGCAUGUGAACGAGACGGUGUGCCGCUACACGGAGUUCCGCAACCCGCCGACCGAUCCCCAUCCCUACAAACGCCCCAUGAUAUAUUGGAAGAUACUGACGGGUCGGCUGGCCUUCAUAGUCAUCUACCAGAACAUUAUCACCAUGCUGCAGGGCAUCCUGCGCUGGGCAGUUCCGGAUGUCUCGGGUCGCCUGCUGAAGCGCAUCAAGCGGGAGAACUUCUUGCUGCGGGAGCACAUCAUCGAGUACGAGAAGCAGCACGCCAUGAAGAUGGCCCAAACGGAAGUGGGCGGCGGAAGUCUUCAGAAGUCGAAUAGUGGACCACGCCCGCACCAGAGAGACAAUGAGACCCUGACCCGCAGGAGCAACGAUGCCACGUCCUUUGUGUGAGGUGAUCCUCAGAUCAUUCCUUGGUUUCUCCAGUACACGUAGUAGUUAGCUUGUGAUCUUUUGUAUAUAUAGCGACACGCGAAUAUCCAGGGAUUGUCGCCCAUCGUUAUCGCAUGGAAGUUAUGCUUCGUACUUAAGAUGAUUUUUGUACUGUGUUUGCAUGGGAAAUGCUCAACGAAUAUGGGGAGUCCAAAACCCCCGAAACAAGCAAUUGCAUUUUUAUAUACACACACACACACGUACACACACACACACGAAUAGGGUUUUAUAUUGUUACUUGAUUUUCCAAACGAAUCGAAUUGGGUAUGUUGUAUUUUGUAUAAAAGAUUCACGCAACUCCCGGAAAGAGCCAAGAGAAUUGAAUCACCAUCCCGUACACACAGAAAAUAAUAUAUACAAAUAUUUUUACAUUAUAUACACACGUCCAAAGUGCAUUAACAACGAGUAUUUAUAAUUUAAAAAUCGUAACCGUUAAAUGUUAUGAUAUGAUAUGAUAUGAUGGUUAGGGAUCCAUAAACAAAACGAAUUAUACACCACAAAAUGUGUGCAAGUUAAAUGUGCUAACACUAAACACUAAGAAACAAUCCAAUGUACCUAACAAUGUUACCCACAACCGAAAAGCGAACUCAGACAUAUGGUUCAUCCUCUCCCUCUAAUCCAUUGUUUUUAAUUAAAUUGUUGAUGAUUAUUGCCAAGCGAGAGCAUUGCACAUUUCGCAAUAUUUUGUAGAACUCUAAAUGCUACUUACCAGUGCGUACACCUAUAGUGAAUUGUUGUUUUGAUAAACAUAUUUAUACGAUAACAAUAGCAACUACGAUUACGAUAGAGAUUAAGCCAGAAACGAAUUGUGUUGUGUGCUGGUCCGGUCUGCAUGUGAACUUAAAAUAGAAAACAAAUAAAAAUGGGUUUAACUCCAUUAAUGUUAACAAUGA